UAAUUAAAAAGUCCAGGUCUAUUUUUUCCCCAAUUAACAUCUCACCUCGGCGAAAGAGGAAUUAGGGUUUUAAUAGCAUCUCAAUUGGAGGGCAAAAUAGAUUUGUGCUUCGACGGAACCCUAAUUUGCUUCUCCGAUCACUCUGUCAGAUUGAUUCCCAGGAAAUGAUGCUCUAUCUUAUGCUGGGGGCUAAUUGAUGGAUCCAGACAGCAAGAAGUUUGGAAGAGGGCCAAGAGAGCUUGCAGGUGCGGUGGAUCUUAUUAAUCACUACAAGUUGUUGCCUCAUCACGAGUACUUCUGCAAGAAGCCUCUUCCAUUGUCAAUUUCAGAUACACGCUACCUUCACAAUGUUGUGGGAGACAGAGAGAUUAGGAAAGGGGAAGGGAUGCAGUUGGAUCAGCUUAUACAUGAUACGUCUUUUUUAAAAGAGACAAAUUCACGCAUCCAACCAUUUGAGUUAGAUGCUCUUAAUGAAGCUUUUCAACUACGUGAAGCAGCUCCAAUUGUUCUGCCUCCGUCUGAAAAAGGGAUCCCCACUGUAGCUGGAAAGUCUAAAAGUGAGUCGAAAGACAAGGAGAAGAAGCAUAAGAAGCACAAGGAUAAAGACAAGGAGAAGGACAAAGAGCAUAAGAAGCACAAACACCGUCAUAAAGAUCGAAGUAAAGACAAGGAUAAAGAGAAAAAGAAAGAUAAAACUGGCCGUCAUGAUUCUGGUGCUGACCUUUCAAAGAAACAUCAUGAAAAGAGAAAGAAGCAUGAGGGCAAGGAGGAUCUUAAUGAUGUUAACAAACACAAGAGAAACAAGCACACGAGCUAAAAGAUUGAUGAAAUUGGGGCAGUAAAGGUUACGUGCUGAAAUGUCACAUGUGCUGCUAUAAUUUACUGUUCUCAUGUGCUGCUAUAAUUUACUGUUCUCAUGUGCUGCAGUUAAGAAUUUGGAGGAAUCCUUUUCUUAUUGUAAAAUAUCUAAGAAUAGCUUCUGGACAAACUAAAGAAUGGCAAGAGGGUGAAUGCAGCUGUUGAAACUAGAUUUUAGUGAAAUGUACAUAGUGCUGAAAAACAACCUCAUUGUAUUAUACUAUAUAAGAGCUUGUUUGACAUUGUUUAUUUUCAUAAGCACUUUCUUUUUUGGUAAACUAAAGUUUUUAUUUACCAAAUGGAUAAUGUACAGCUUAAGAAAAGGGAACAAAAACAAAACUCUAGCUGGGAAGGACUUAUUGCUCCUAUAUGCAUGUGUAAUAUAGAGUAACUAUUAUAAAUAGUAUUUCAACUACCUUUAUUUAUAUUUCAAA